GCCAAGCUUAUGAAUUGGCCUCCAAUUGACCAAAUCCCUCCUCAUCCAUCUUCCCCUUCCUCGCCAUAAAUUUCUCCUCUUUUAUAUCCUCCACAAAAAAGCACUGUUCUUUAUUCCGAAUGGCGAGGGCGGCAAAAUCAAAGGCAGCGAGCACCAUGAGCCAUUUUUCGAAGGCGGCCACAUUCUCCGUCUCCCAACCUUCCCACAGUCCCGGCAGGCGGUCCGAUAAGGGCUUCUCCGGCCCCAUCGUGUCAAUAAUCCCCAAAGAUGCGCGGCACAAGAAGAGAAACAGUAGUGGGCGUGGAGGUGAACCCUCGUCUCCGAAGAUCUCGUGCAUGGGCCAAAUCAAAAAGAAGAAGAAGAAGUCCUCUGCUUCGGAGUGGAAGAAGGAAAGGGAAAUCGAGAAGCCGAGGAGGAGAAUAUUUUGUUUCUGUUUUAAGGGUCUUUUUCGGAGAAAGGUGAGACCUGGUGGGGAGCCAUAUGGGAAAGAGGUGGAGGAGAAGAUGGAGAAGCAGAGGUUGCCGGAGGUGAGAUCGUCGGCGGCUCCACGGUUGGGUCAGAUGAGACGGUAUCAGAGUGGGCGUGAGACGCUUGCUGAUUUUGAUUGGAGAAAGACGAUGGGGGAGAAGGAAGAGGAAGAGGAAGAGGAAGACGUAUUUAUUCCUCACUCUGCUCCGAUUCUGGUGGGCGGCGGUGCAGUGGCGUUGGAGCCGAAAAAGGAGGUGAAUUUAUGGAGGAGGAGGGACAUGAAUCCUCCACUUCCCCUUCAAAUUGAAAAGAAUUGAUCUUUUUUUCUUUUUAUUUUUGGUGGGGAAUUGCGGAAGGGAUAACGCAGUUGAUUGCAUGGUUAUUCUUCAUUUUCUCCAUUUUAGUGUUUGCCUUUGAAUUUGAUAGAA